AUGCAUUCCCACCUCCAUACCCCAUACAACAUCAAUUGCGAAGAAAUUAUGACGGCCCUGGACGAAUGCCACGCGCAAGGCUUCCUCCACAAAGCACUGGGCAACUGCAACGACAUCAAGCGCGACGUCAACAAGUGUCUGGCGGGCGAGCGGUAUGAGCGGGCCAAGCGCAAUCGGGACGACGCGCGGGAGAGGAGAAAGCGCAUUGAGAAGAUUUGGGCGGAUGAGAGGGCUGCUGCGAUGGGUCCCAGCGCGGGCGAGGGCACUACUUCUCCUGCUGCCGCUGCCGCUGCUUCUGCGGCGGCGACUGCAGAGAAGCAGUGA